UUCUAUAGAGGGGAUCAAACUUUACGAGGAAUAAAUGCUUAUUUUACGGGCCAUAAAAACUUCUUUCAGCAAGUUAUGGACAUAUAAGUGAUAGAAACAUGUUAAAUAUUCUUUUAUCCACAUUCAAAUAGAUUUUUCUUAAAAGUAAAAUGAUUGAACGAACGUUGAGUUCAACAUAAUAUAUCUCAUCGCUGAACAACAUGGAUUUAUAAUUUAUCCCCGACAUAGAUGUAGUUCACACCUACAGGGACUUAAGUAAACAAGCUGAGGACUUACAGAUUUAAUUUUGAGCUUUAAUUGAAACAGCAGAAGGAUAUGUCUACAUUUCAAGUAUUGGUUAGACUUUGUGAGAGGAUUAAAGUCGAUAAUCCAAAGUAAAGUUUCAGGGUAACAGACUAAACAUAACCGAGAAUUAACCUCCCCAGGUCUCCGGAGCUUGACAACUACUUGGUACAAGGAGAAUGGCAGUCCCCAGUAUAACACUGGACUCUACAGUAACUAGAUAGUGUACCAAGAGGACAAUGACAAUCUACAGUAAUUUUGUUGUGGAGAUGAUGUAGACACCAAUUACCGUACAAUGGCCUCAGCUACUGUGGUGAAUAACUUCACCACCCCACGAACCAAUUCAAUGUCCAGUGCACGACUGACCAAUACACCAUUGGCCAAUGUGCUACCAGUUUCACGAUUGACAAAUCGUACUGGCAGCAUGCUUGAUAUCAUAAACGUGGACGAUGACAUCACACACACUGUUGCCAACCUUCUGGAUGUGAGCAGAAACGAGUCUGAGGAUUAUGAAGAACUUCUGGAAAAUAUGGGCAAGACCCUUCAGGCUGAACGCAAUCUUUGGAAACAACGUCUGAAUGCAGCUAUGCACGAGAUUGAUCGUCAGCACAAACUCAUCAUUGGCCAUGAUACACUGGUCCAGGAACUGCGAUUUCUACUAUGUAUUGAACCUCCCCAGAAUUCUAAACCAGAGAAAAUUCUUGAAGAUGAAAUGUUACAGGACACUCUUUCAACAGAAACUGUAUUGCAAGACCUAAAAUUGAAGAUAAAACAUUUAAAACAGUUGGCAGGUGUCAAUGAAGAUAUACUGCCCAAAAAUCCAAAGGAGAAGAUGGCCAAAUACUCUGAACUUGACUUCAAAUACUUGAAAAAUGCAAUCGCAAAUCUUCACUGGGAGAAAGACUCUCUACAGUCUAAAAUUGAAGAAAGGGACACAGAAAUAUUGUGGCUGAAAGGUGAACUCAAAAACACCACGGGACAACUGACAAAAAUGCAAGACAUUGUCACCUCAUACAAUGCUUCUCACAAUGGCAUUGGUUUCCAUUUAGAGAAUAUGGAAAAUGAUAAUUUGUCGGAAAUGGAGAAAUCUUCCCGUCAAACGUGUAAGCAAUUAACUCCAAAACGUACGCCGAACACAAAGGAAAGGAAAUACAUAGAGGGAGAUCAGAUUGUGUCCUAUCCUGUAGGUAAAGAAGAAGUCGCUUUCUGGAAAACAAGACUGAAAGCUAAUGUUUACUCAAACAAGGGGGGUAACUCUCGAACAGGUGUAGCCCAGUGUCUCCGCUGUAACCGGCUAUUCAAGCCUUCCGAUAAUAACAACAAAGCAUGUAUGUUUCACAACAAAGGGAGAGAAAUUAAAGAGAUUUAUGGUGAAAAUGGCAAGAUACUGAAUGUCAAUUACAAGUGGGCAUGUUGUAAGAAAGGUCUAGAAUGUAAAGGCUGUAACCAUGGUUUCCACAUAUGAUUCUAAAAUACUUACCUACUGUAUUCCCUCCCUAACUAGGAUGGAGAGUCCAGAUUUUUUAUCCUAAAUUUAGACACAAUCAUCAUUAAGAUGUUUUUAUUUUCAAAAGUCUAUCAAAAACAAAAAACAAAAAAAAUCCAAUAAGUCCAGAAAAAUGAGCAGUUUCAAAUUUGUAGCUUAAAGGUGCUACACCUCCGACAAAUAGUAUUUCAUAUCCAUUAAAUACACGAAUGGACUUGUAUGUAUUUUUCUUCAGCAAAAAAAGUUUCCCAUUACGCUAUAACCACCCUCAGAAAUUGUCAUCUUUAAAAUUGAAAGAAUAAAAAUAAUUUAUUGCUUCCUGAAGAAAUCCCAUUUAGCUUCCCCUAUCGGAGGCUGCAUGGACAGGUGGAAUUAUAUGUAAAAUAGCUCCCCCUAUCGGAGGCUGCAUGGACAGGUGGAAUUAUAUGUAAAA